AUGGCCGAAGACCAGAACCAUACCGCGACGACUACGACUACGGACGAGUCGCACCGUAUAGAGGAAGUGUCGUUGCUGGAGAAGGUCAGGUACGGCGCGACGGCCUACGCCAUCCAGAAUCUCGUGGUCAGGCCUGCGCUCUUCAUUCGCGAUGUCAAAGCACGCCUCAUCACGUCUGAGCAUCGCCCUGAUUUCGUGAAGACUUAUGAGUGCCGCCCGUAUCUUCCUGUCAGAAUUUUCUUCCCCAAGUGCUUUGACAAGACGUCCAAAGACAAGCUACCUGUUCUCUUCACUAUCCACGGGGGAGGUUUCGUGCUCGGAACCCCUGACGACAACGACGACUGGAACUCGAUGUACUCUACGCAGCACCACUCCAUCGUGAUUGGACUCAACUACGCAAAGGCCCCCGGCAACCCUUUCCCCGGGCCGAUUCAUGAUUGUGAGGAGCUUUUCCUUGCAGCGUUGAACGACGAGUCUUUGCCGCUCGACAAGACCAGAGUUGCUCUAGCCGGCUGGUCUGCCGGUGGAAACCUUUGCCUUGCCGUCUCUCAGCUGGAGUCGGUCAAGAAACAUCUCUCCGCCAUCGUACCAUUGUACCCCUGUACAGAUCUCUCCAUUUCCGCAGAGGAGAAAGCGAAGACAAGACGAUACAAGCCAGACUUGGGCGGCUUCCGUGCCAAGGACAAAGACUUCUUACUCGGCAUGGCGCCUGUAUUUGACUGGUCUUACAAGGUUCCCGGCGAGAGCGCUCGUAAUCCGUUAUUGAGUCCGGCGUACGCACCUAAAGGAGCUUUCCCCAAGCAAGUCUUCAUGAUCGGCUGUGAACUCGAUCUUCUGGCACACGAAGGCCAGCGGCUCAUCCACAGCCUGGCCGGUCGACCACCACCACCCACAGUUGUUGGUAAAGAAGAGGUUGUGGGAGACGGAGAACUCGUUCUCGACGACGAGAGGUUCCACUUCGAAGUCUCAGGCACGGACGGUUCACGAUACAAAUGGUUGUUGGUGCCCGACACCGUCCACGGCUUCGACCAGCAUCUAGGAGGGCUCGUUCGUGACGAGGUUCUCUUGGCAGAUGCCGAGAUCAAGAUGCAAAAGACGAUCAAGAUGAUUGGAGAGUGGGUUCUGAAGGCUCCUCCUACUAACGCGUCUUGA